AUGGGUACGGCGCUGUUUCAGAGCCUGCCGCGUUUGAUUCCCGUCCGGCGAAGAUGGCCAAGCACGUCGACGAGUGCCGUCACAUCGCCGCCGCGCGAGGCCGAGGACCCAGUGAUUGAGCAAGGCGCCGACGCCAUUGAGUUCUGGUCCGAGAUCCUCGAGCUGCUGGGACCGGACGACUCGGCGUUACCAUCUACUCAUGCCGUAGCCGACCUCGCUGAGUCUCAAGAGCUCGUUACCCUUGGGCCCCGCCCAUCUUUGGCGCCUCCUGCAAGCCCCUUGCCACCGCUCCCGGACACCAACGUUGCGUCAUAUACGCCCUUUCUGCGGACCCUCGACCAAGGUCACACUGGCAGCACUUUUUGGCAAUGGCAUCGUGCUUCCGGCUUUGUUCUAGGCAUUUUGUAA